AUGGCGCAACUGGAUACUCUGGACAUUGUCGUCCUGGUAGCGCUGCUACUGGGCACGGUUGCCUACUUUACGAAAGGUACCUACUGGGCGGUGCAGAAGGAUCCGUAUGCCACAUCUUUGGCCAACGGCCAUGCCAAGGCAGGCAAGAGCAGAAAUAUCAUCGAAAAGAUGGAUGAGAGCGGGAAGAACUGUGUCAUCUUCUAUGGCUCGCAGACUGGUACUGCCGAGGACUAUGCAUCACGAUUGGCAAAGGAGGGCAGUUCGAGGUUCGGCUUAAAGACCAUGACUGCGGAUUUGGAGGAGUACGACUUCGAGAACCUUGACCAGUUUCCUGAUGACAAGGUGGCCUUUUUCGUGCUUGCUACUUAUGGCGAGGGUGAGCCAACGGACAAUGCUGUUGAGUUCUACGAGUUCAUCAGCGGCGAUGAUGUGUCUUUCAGCGAGAAGGGCGGUGCUGAGGACAAGGCCCUCGGCAGUCUUCAGUACGUCGCUUUCGGUCUCGGCAACAACACAUACGAGCACUACAACUCGAUGGUCCGCAACGUCUCCAAGUCCCUGGACCGUCUUGGUGCGAAGCGCAUUGGUGAUGCUGGUGAAGGAGACGAUGGCGCUGGUACUAUGGAAGAGGACUUUUUAUCCUGGAAGGAGCCGAUGUGGAGUGCUUUGGCUUCCUCUAUGAAUCUAGAGGAGCGUGAAGCGGUGUACGAGCCCGUGUUUGAAAUCACAGAGAAGCCGGACAUGAGUGCGGAGGAAGAUACUGUCUACUUGGGUGAGCCGAACAAGAACCACUUGGAAGGCCAGCAGAAGGGUCCAUACAACGCACACAACCCAUAUAUCGCACCCAUUGCCGAAUCGAAGGAAUUGUUCAACGAUGAGACACGAAACUGCUUGCAUAUGGAAGUCGACAUCUCCGGCUCCAACCUCUCGUAUACCACUGGCGACCACAUCGCUGUCUGGCCAACGAACGCCGGCAAGGAAGUGGAGCGCUUCGUCAACGCUCUUGGACUUCGCGAAAAGCGACACAUGGUUAUUGGAGUCAAGGGUCUCGAUGCAACCGCAAAGGUCCCAUUCCCAUCGCCAACCACGUACGACGCCGUUGUCCGCUACCAGCUCGAGAUCUGCGCUCCUCUAUCCCGUCAAUUCGUGGCUUCGCUCGCUCAAUUUGCACCUAACGACUCCGUGAAGGCAGAGGUCACCAAGGCCGGCAAUGACAAGGACUACUUCCAGGAACAUGUCGCUUCAAAGAACUACAACAUCGCACAAUUCUUGGAAGCCAUGGGCGGCGGCGCGCAGUGGACCAACAUCCCAUUCUCGCUCUUCAUCGAAUCUCUGCACAAGCUCCAGCCACGCUAUUACUCUAUCUCGUCCUCAUCGCUGGUACAGAAGAACAAGAUCUCCAUCACCGCCGUCGUCGAAUCGCUCGAGACUCCGAACGCACCAAACGUUGUCAAGGGUGUCACAACCAACUACCUCCUCGCUCUCAAGCAAAAGCAGCACGGUGACCCACACCCAGAUCCUCACGGCCUAGACUACUCCAUCACCGGCCCUCGCAACAAGUACGAUGGUAUCCAUGUUCCAGUCCACGUCCGCCACUCAAAUUUCAAGCUGCCUUCGGAUCCUUCGCGACCUGUCAUCAUGAUAGGUCCUGGGACUGGCGUUGCGCCUUUCCGUGGGUUCGUCCAGGAGCGCGCACAACAGGCUAAAGAUGGCGAGAACGUGGGCAAGACGAUUUUGUUCUUUGGGUGCAGGAAGCCGGAGGAUGACUUCAUGUAUGAGGAUGAGUGGAAGCAAUAUGGCUCCGACCUAGGCGAGAACUUCGAACUCGUGACGGCCUUUUCUCGUUCCGGAGCCAGCAAAGUCUACGUCCAACACCGACUCAAGGAGCGAGCGGUCGAAGUCAACAAACUUCUGCUCGAGAAGGCGUACUUCUACGUCUGCGGUGAUGCGGCGAACAUGGCUCGCGAGGUCAAUGAGGUCCUAGCCACGAUUAUCUCUGAGCAGAGAGGUGUGCCGAAGCAGAAGGCCGAGGAGAUUGUGAAGAGUAUGAGGAGCUCGAACCAGUAUCAGGAGGAUGUUUGGUCGUAG